CUCCCCUCAUGCUCCUUUUAAUUUCCAUAACAACGAAGGAGAAAAAUCCUCAAAAGUGCGUCGUGAGUUUCUGAGACUAUCUUGCGUCACGUUGGCAUUGUUCAGCAACUCACACAAAUUGUCAGAAAAAAGCGUGGAAUUGCUUUGAAAGAGGAGGAGGGUUGAUUAUUUUUCUCUCGCGCAAGUUUGAUGCCUAAGCCACCUGUGUGAACACGUCAACAUAUUCAGAAACCGCAGAUGGAUUUGGCAAAUGACAAACGGCUUGACUGAAUCAAUAAAGGGGAAAACUCGGUCGCACAAAAUUCAGCCUGCGGUAGGCUCCUUCUCUUGGUCGGCAGUAACCUGGAAGCUUGACCCUGACCACCUAGAAUUUUCCUCUGUUUUCUCACUGUGAACGCAGGGAUUUCGCGAAAAAGAGGAAAGAGAUAAUAAACCGGGCGCAACAUCCAAGACGGGGGAGGAGUAGGGGGAUCGAAAGAGGGCACUCGGUACCCAUCGACUCCGUGACUGUGUCUUGUCGGAUCCGUCAUGACAUGCAAACUUAGCCUCGUUCAUCUAGACAAACUCCUCCAUUUGUCGGUUCUCUCUGGUUUUUCAUCCUCAGAUGAUGUCGGCAACGGCGCAAUCAUUCUACGCGUUGAGGAGAAGUGAUGAACCGAUUCGUGGAUGGGAGGGGAUCUCGGACUAGAGUUGUGUGAGUAAGGUUGUCUGUAGAAGGACCCAGAGAAGCCGCGGUGAUUUUUGUCUUGUGGGUGUCAUGCAGUUUCGUUGCACAUGCUCCUUUUCGCCGUGUAGUAUGCAAAGUGGGAAUUGAGUAGUGGUGAUCAUGUUCUUUGAGGUUGAGGGUUUUGUUGAAGGUAAUGGAGGAAGAGGAGGAGACUCUAGUAGACAUUUCGAUUGCACAAUUGUUAUCAAAAUUGAUGUUCCCCGCAGGAAUACUCGGAAGCCACAGGUAAAUUGCCGUUUCUGCUCGGCGGUUGACGGCUGCCAUUUUGAGGUGUUAGCUUUGACCUGUUCCCCCGGAUUCUGUGUCAGUUUUCUGCUGGUGUAACUAAUCAGUCGUGCAUUGCUGCGUGUGCUAAGGCCGGCAUCUUGGGGUUCCUUUGUCCCGGUCGCGCGUCUUUAGGAAGCGCUGUAGAACUUUAGGUAGCUUCCGCGUGAUUUUUUAAAUGCUGCUUUUAGGGUGAAGUCUCGUACCCUGGCGAGCUGCAAGGAUAUCGGGAGAUUCGAGUCAAGCAACCUGAGGGUUUUCGAAGGGUUGGUUUUUGAGGUUGUUCACGCCAAAUUGAAUUGGUUGUGUUUGGAGGAUGAGGUUGACGUUCAACUGAUUAUGACGGAUCAGACCACGUGGUAGUGUUCAGGGUGGGUUGGGGUUCUUGUGAGAUCGUGAGACUCGGGCUUUGAAAUCGAGCACAAGCUGCUCGCAAUUCUUGACCCAUUUUUUUUUAAUCCAAACAGCAAGUCAAGUCACGCGUUCUUAUCACAGGCCAAUGGGUUCAUGGUGGGCAAUAAAGUUUUAGAAAUGAAGUGGUGGAGGCGGAACAAACAUUAGGUUGCACAUCUAAAGGGAGGAUAUCAAUGUACUUUUGGAUGCUUAUUGUCUAGUUUCUUGUGGAAACCUUUCCGCGAGGUAGAAGGCGGUAACUCUUGCACUUGGAAUUAAACCACGGGAAAUUUAGGGAGAGGGCUGGAGUAUGGGGAGAUCAGAUUGCGGUGCCGGAAGUAGGCUGCCGCCUUUGGAAGGGAUGGUGGCGGGGUUAUCACCGGUGACGAAGUUGAUGGCCGUGUCGAAGUGGGUGAGAUGGAGAUGGUUGGGACUGAACGCGUGCAUGUUUGGCAGCGCCAUGGCAAUGUCGCGCGUGAGUGGAGAGUUCCAAAUUUUUGAUCCUAUGGGGGUGAUCGCUCAGGUUAGCAAUCCGGUUUAUACAGGAGGCUUGGAGCUUGUCUUGGCGAAUGGCGUGUUUGACCAGUACAGUUGCAUGGGUGUCGACACCUUGGGUACUAUUUUCUCUUUAUGCGUGAUGUUCAUCUUCGGUGUAGGCACUGGGUUGUGGUGGAAAGAUGCGCAGAAAAGUUUAAUGGAGCCAUCUUUUUCACCAUCCGUGUCUGGUCCGCGGGUCAAGAAGAAUUUCAGGAUUAAUUCAACCGUGGGCUCCUUGAGUCAAUACAGACUGAAGGAGAUUACCACCAUGACGAACUGCUUUGGGUUGGAGAUCGGAAGAGGUGGCCAGGGGAUCGUGUACCUUGCCACCCUACCAGAGGGACGCGGCAAAGCGGCAGUGAAGAGGCUUCAGAAGAAAACUGGGAACAUUCCGGUUAACGGCAAGCUAGUGAACAAUUCCAACAAGGAGGUUAUUGAGAGGGAGUUUUGGGCGGAGCUUAAAACAAUCUCUCGGCUUCACCAUCGCAACCUUGUGGCGCUUCUGGGGUUUUGUGUUGAGGAGGACGACCUGUUUCUUGUGUACGAGUUCAUGGGCAAAGGCUCCCUUAGCCAGCACCUCCAUCCCAGAAACCAGGAGGAUGCCGAUGAAACCACGCUAGAUUGGAAGGCACGAAUGCGUUGUGCAGUUGAAGUGGCGCAAGGUUUGGAGUAUCUUCACAGCCAUGCAAAUCCUUCUCUGGUUCACCGAGACAUCAAAUCGGGUAACAUUCUUUUCGACGACGACAUGAAUGCGAAGAUUGCAGACUUCGGACUGAGCAAACCUGUUAUAUCAGGAGUGGAUCCCACGGUGUCGAUGCGUGUGCGAGGCACUCAUGGAUAUGUAGAUCCUGUGUAUCUUCGCGAUGGUCACCCAUGUGACAAGAACGAUGUCUACAGCUAUGGCGUGGUGCUGCUGGAGCUCAUUACCGGUCGUCGUGCUAUACAGCAGAAAAUCACAUUGGUACAAUGGUGCAGUGACUUUCUAGGUACAGGUGAGCAUGUGAUGCGGCAUCUUCUCCCUCGAAUGGUCGACAAGCGAAUGAGAAACUUAGACAUUUCCUACGAUCAGCUCUUUGAAGUUGUCAAGAUUGCCCGACAUUGCAUUCAGGAGAGACAGCAGGAUAGGCCGACCAUGAAGGAUGUGGUUGCUGCAUUGUACAAUGCCAAAUGCAAGGACUCUAGUCCGACUCAUUGUGCCGAGUUGCCAUCCUUGUAUGUACCGCAGCAGAUGCCUGUAAAUUGUCACGGCAGAAAUGGUGUCUCCAGCUUCGAUGGCAGCUCGUUGGACAAUCUUCAAACUUCCAACUCGCACCACUUUUGUUCACCUUCUUACGACAUCAAGGAGAACAGUAUCCGCGUCAAAUGCACUAUUGCAAAAAUUGAUAUUAUACUGAGGUGCAAGAUAUGGCCAACAUCGAAGAACUUUGGAAUGAACAAAGUGGAAGCUUCAAUGAAUGGCGCAGUUCUCUGGAAGAAAGGCCUCUGGUUUUAUAACGCAAAAAGCCAUCGUGAAUUUCAAUGUGGUGAUAAUAUUAAAGUGAUCGCCGAAUGGCAUGUCACACUUCGAACAAAUUAUGAAGGUUUGCCUGGUGAUGAUCCCCGAAGAAGUCAAGGUCCUUUCUGCGUCGAAUAUCUAGCACUAAAGGAUAAGAACGGACAGCCCCUGGUUGAAUACCGCGGUGACAAGGAUCCACUUCCCCCACAGAUGGACAGAAAUCCACGAGGAGAAAGUAGCGGGUCUAGAUCCUCAUCUGGAUCUGGUUCAGAGCGUCGGAGGAUCAAUCGUCCGCGAAUCUCCAGCUGACUUCGCACUGUUUUCUGGAUUUACCUUGAAUUCAGCCGAUUUCCCGAGUCUGUGAAGCCUAGGUUUGCGCGCCUGUGCUUUCGAGAGCAACACCAGCACUUCAGACCUCAAAGUCAGGGUGUUCCCGUUCUGAAGGGACCAGCGAAUCAAGAGGGUACUCUGAUGUAAGGACACUGCUGUAGAAGUUGCUUCCGUGGCCUGUUGACUGCAGACCUCGUAGUGCGGUAUAGUGCUGAUUUUGAAAUAGAGUUUGUACGUACAUGUUUCGAUACACUUUCACGUGUACAUUGAGUGGAGAUACUAGCCAAGCAUCGGGCCUGUCAAUAAGCCGGCUGAUGAUGUGAAGUGUAACGUUGUGGUGGUGAAUCACUGCAAAGAAGUGCAGUGACCUUGAAAGCAUAUGCUAAAUGGGUGGAGUGGUUUGUACUGUGCGCUGAUGAUACCCGACAAUUAGUCAUCAUAAUGUUCGUGCUCAAAAAAAGCGACUUAUUGCAAUAAAAAAAAUUAAUUACAUGUUC